CAGGAAGCUGUGACUGGGUCUGUCUUCUGGGCUGUGUUGACUCGCUCCUCUCUGGAUGCUUGGGAAGAGCUGGUGGACAGCUGAGAGCUGCUAGCUGUCAGCAGAGCUCUGGUGUUUUCAGCCGCCGGCUGUACCUGGGACCUUACCUGCUGACAUCUGGCAACAGUUUUGGAUGGAGCAGCCGUGAUCCUACUAACGAUUUCUUGUGCUGAUUCGCUCUUAAUUACUAAAGGCUGGAGAUUUGAUCCUGGUCAAUGUAUAUAGCACUUACCUCAACUCCAACAGAAAUGAAUGCCAACAGUAUGCCUAAACAAGUUGAGGUGAGGAUGCACGAGAGUCACCUGGAGCCCAUCGAGGCCAGGCCUCAGUCCAAAUGUGCCAACAUCUGCUCCAAGAUGUUCAAGAACCUUCUGCUCACACUCACCGUCCUCGGUGUGAUCUUGGGAGCCGUAUCAGGGAUGUUGCUUCGUGUCGCCUCCCCGAUCCACCCGGAUAUUGUCAUGGUGAUUGCUUUUCCCGGAGACAUCCUGAUGAGAAUGCUGAAGAUGUUGAUCCUGCCUCUCAUCAUCUCCAGUUUAAUCACAGGUCUGGCCGGUUUGGAUGCCAAAUCCAGCGGUCGCCUUGGAACCAGAGCUAUGGUCUACUACAUGUCCACCACUAUUAUUGCUGCUGUCUUGGGAGUCAUCCUGGUGUUAGUCAUCCACCCUGGCAACCCCAAACUGAAGGAGCAUCUGGGCCCGGGCGAGAAAAAUGAUGAUGUGUCCAGCUUAGAUGCCUUCUUUGAUCUGAUCAGAAACUUAUUCCCAGAGAACCUGGUGCAGGCCUGUUUCCAACAGAUCCAGACCGUCACAAAGAAGGUAGAGGUGGCCAUUGAGGAGGAUGUCAAUGCCACCACCAUGGAUGGCCUGGUGGCUAACAUUACCAAGGAUCCUCAGUUCAUUGUCAAAAAGUCCCUGCAGUUCAAAAGUGGCAUGAAUGUUCUGGGUCUGAUUGGUUUCUUUAUUGCAUUUGGCAUCUGCAUGGGCAAGAUGGGAGAGAAGGCCAGACUCAUGCUUGAAUUCUUCAGUAUCCUCAAUGAGAUUGUGAUGAAACUUGUCAUCUGUAUCAUGUGGUACUCUCCCUUUGGUAUUGCCUGUCUCAUCUGUGGUAAGAUCAUCUCCAUCAAGGACCUGGAGGUGGUGGCCAGGCAGCUGGGCAUGUACAUGGUGACUGUGAUUAUUGGCCUCAUCAUCCACGGAGCAAUCUUCCUGCCCGCCAUCUACUUUGCUAUUGUCAGAAAAAACCCCUUCACCUUCUUCCUGGGCAUCUUCCAGGCCUGGAUCACUGCCCUGGGGACAGCCUCCAGUGCUGGGACACUUCCUGUCACCUUCCGUUGUCUGGAGGAGAACUUAGGUAUUGACAAGAGAGUCACUCGUUUUGUGCUCCCAGUCGGUGCCACCAUCAACAUGGAUGGAACUGCUCUGUAUGAGGCGGUUGCAGCUAUCUUCAUUGCCCAAAUGAACGGCAUCAUACUUGACCCUGGUCAGAUUGUCACUGUCAGCCUGACAGCCACCCUGGCCAGUGUUGGAGCGGCCAGUAUUCCUAGUGCCGGCCUGGUGACUAUGCUCUUGAUCCUGACCGCUGUAGGUCUGCCAACCCAAGACAUCAGUCUGCUGGUUGCUGUUGACUGGCUGCUGGAUCGAUUCAACACGGGGAACGGGGGGGUGCUCCCCGGUUUGCGGGCACCCUUGUCCCACCUCCCCAAAGGGCCGGAGCUUGACGAUUUUGGACGCACAUGCACCCAAAACCCAACGACUUUGAAAUGAGAGGGAAGCCCCAGUUUAUUACGAGGGGACAUAAAAACCCCCCACAAAAAAAAUUUUCCAACCAGUAACCUCAGCCACUAACGGCUCUGCUGCGGAGUGCACGCUUGUUGAAGAGGGACCAUGGAAACAUGAAUAAUGGCAGCACAGAGAUCCCCCUGCUCCUGGGCUCCACAAGCUUUCCUAUCUGGUGAUGAAAAAAAAAAAGAGUGAAUGAAAAAAAGUCACACGAACAGAACUACUAAAAAAUUUUUUUUUUAAAUUGUAGUUUAGUUUUCUUUUUCUUUUCUUUUUUAUUAGUCCCUUUGAAGGUUUUUGUAACUGUCUAUCUGACUGAUAUAUAAUACUAAUUCACAUAACCGUGAAAUGAUAACAGUGGAUUUACUUUACCUGUUAGAGCACAUUAUGUCCAUAUAGCAGAUACUUGCACAACAUACUUCAAGGCUUGGGGAGGGAAGGAAGAGAAAACAAGUUAGAUAAGCUAUUCCUAGCAAUAUAUCUGGGUUCUACAUUCAUGAGAGAAUGUAUUAAGAUGAGAGAAGUGGCUGUGUAACAUGGGAUGUACUGAGAUCAUCUUCCAUGUUUCAUCCGGGCGAUUCAUUUUCUUAUGACAGAGGAUGAGUGGGAGUUUAAGCAUUAAUUAUGACAACCAACGUAAUGUUUGUACUCAACUUCCCUGCUUUAUAUUGCUGUCAGUACCAUCGAAUUGUUUGCACAAAGCCACCGCAUUUCCUUGUCAGCUCAGUCUCUCAUCUGAGAACAUCACUUUUGAUUCUCAAUCUGUCAGAGACGUUCAAAUGCAUCUGACCGCAUUUGCCCAGUAUUACCCUAGCCCUGAGGUCCAGCAAACUGAUGAAAUUGUAAGAGGCAGGGAGAACAGUAAUGAACAGGAAAACCACACUGAGCCUCAAAACAUACAAGCACAAUCACAGUGGAAUUAUCAAGCACAAAUCAUGCCAUGGACGCCAUUUUGAAUCCCCCCAUUUGUUUUCCUUUUUUUGUCUAAUGUAAAGGAAAGGGACUUUGUUUCCUUUUGUCACCUGUGGAGUGAGAUAUAAAACUUGUUUGUGUGUGUGUCUGUGUGUGUGAUAGAGAGAGAAAGAGAGAAAGAAAGAGAGAGAGAGAGAAAGAGCGAGAGAGAGAGAGAAAGAGAGAGAAAGAGAGAGAGAUAGCUGGGGUUAAGAACAUGAUCAAGUCAAUUAUAGGGACCAAACAGGCAGAAAAUCAAUCAACUCACAGCGGCCCUUGAACGGCCUCCAUGACAUCGCUCACAACACAUGUUUCUGUUUUCUUAGACUGAUGUCCAUAAACUGGCUGGCACAGCACCUGGUACAUACCACAUCAUCUGAGGAAGCCUAAAAGCUAAAAAAACCACUGCCCAAAAUGUGAAACUAUACUUUCCCUUCCUCCAAAAAAAACCUUUGAUACCAAUGAAAUUAAAAGUACAUAUGCGCCAAAAUGAUUAUUGUAAAAGUAAACAAUAAUAAAUUAUUGACAAAUCUAAAUAAAUCGUAGCACAAAAAAGAUGAUAUAGAGCACAAACGGAGCUAUAGAGCACAAAUUAAGCCAAUGUGUACAAUUUGUCAUGCACAUUCCGUGUAGUAAAAAACUAAAUUUCAUGCACAUUCCAAUCAUUCUAUGUCGACACUGAUCAUUUUCCAAGUUUAAAAAUGUAAACGGUGUUUUUAUUUACGUACAUAAGUACAGCAGAAGACACUCAGGCAUGUUUACUCUUUUACAGAACGAAACUGUAAUCCUAAAAUGUGUCCUUGCUCACUAUAGAGCUUAAAAACAAUGGCCUCCUAACAGCACAACUUUUGAAAGCGUUGACUAUGAAAAUGGUGACAGUUCCCAGCAAAAGUCUUUGAUGAAAGACAGUAAUUUUUUAAUAUGAUAAUAUGCAAUAUGCAUAUAAUAUAUGGAAUGAUGCUCCUGCACACUCUUUGAAAGCCCAGACACAGCUAUUACUGACAGAAACAGGAAGAUAAAAAAAGAAA